UUUAAAUGUCAGAGCUGGAGGUAGCCAUUACCUGUGUCAUCUAAUGUGUACCUCUGGGCCAGAAAGGGAAGAGGCCCAACAAUGCAGGCUUGGUGCUGCAGAGCUUUUGGUUGGUAAGUUCAAUGACCUUUUGUGUCUCUGAAGCUGAAAAUUCUGGAGACUGUUCAGGAGUAACCAAGAAAGUUCUGAGGGCAAGGGUCAUCACAUCAAAAGCAUUCUAAUAAUUAGGACUGUGCAGUAUUGAAACAGGAAUAAGCAAACGAAUCAACAGAUUAGCAAAGAGAAUCCAGAAGUAGAUCAUCUGUAAGAAUUUAUGAUCAAGAUGGCAUUUCAAAACAGCAAGAGACCUUGAGGAUGUUGGCUCUCCACCUAAAAGGUUAUACUGUUUACACCAUCCCCAAAUUAAAAUUCUUCAGGGGCAAAAAGAAACUCUUCCAUAGUGUUAGGGAUAAAAACAAAAUUUACAAUGUUAUUUUUAUAAUUUGAUCUUCCUAACCAAUGUACAAAAUCCAGAAAUGAUAAAAUAUUGACAGUUGUAACCUCCUGAAGAUUAAAAUGGGGAAGGACAUAGGAAUAAGUGGGAUAGGGAAAGACAACUUUGAUGUUUUCUAUUCAGUGUUGUUUUAAUUGUCUACAAUGAGAACUUACCGAGGGGACCAUGUGGCUUAUGAGACUAAAAAAAAGAUGGAGAAGGUUGGUGAGUAGUUGUACCAUUGCUUUUCUCCCAUCAAUCACCAAGUAUCAAGCUCCCCGUCUGCUUGGCCCUCUAAAAGCUAUACCUUCUUCCAGGGCUCAGAGUCCAUCUGUGAGCACUGGCCCAGGGGCAGCCACCACCCAGGCCCAGCCUCUGUGCAGCAGUUGUCCAAGAAGGAAAUGUUUCCUUGGGGGCAGCCUCCUGGAGGCAGUGGGAUUUGAGCAGGGCCUUGAAAGUGGGGAGGAUCUCGGUGGGAGAAGGGCUACCAGGCUAGGGAGGCUGAGGCUGGUAUGUGCCCCCCUGCUCUGCACCCACACUGGGCUGGGUUACCACACCGGUCAGCUGUGCACAGGUCUCCUACCCUGUCGCAAACAGCAGCGGAGGAAGUGGCGAGAGCAGGUCUGAGUCGGGUGUGGAGCCAGAGAGGAGGUCAAAGGGUCCAGAGGAUGCUCACUGGGCUGAGAGCGGUGAAGUGAUUGGCCUGGAGGCCCUGCUUCUCUCAGUGUGGUGGGAUGACAGUUUGCCCAAGGGACCAACUGGUUUUUGGCUUGCUGUCCUGCUUGAGUGAAGCACAGCCAUGGGUACAGGGAAAACCUUACUGCUGUUGCUUUAAGUCUCCCAAGGCAGAGGGUGCAUUGCCCUGCAUUCACGAAACUGAGGCAGACAGAGAAGGAAAUGGGGCAGGGCUGCGGAGCCCAGCUGCUCCCCGGGCUUGUUCACACAUGAAAACUUCCUGUGAUGAGAACGGAAACACAGGUGCUGUCCCUACCACAGCAGGUCCCAUAUCUGGGGCCGGAGGGGAGCCAUGGACAGGCCCCGGGUCCUGGUCCUGCUCUUGGCGCUGCUGACACUCUGCAUCACUGCUGGGACCCCUGAAGUGUGGGUGCAAGUUCAGAUGGAGGCCGCCAAGUCCCCGUCCUUCACUGUCCGCUGUGGAUUCCUGGGAUCUGGUUCUGUCUCCCUGGUGACUGUGAGCUCUGGGGGGCCCGACGGUGCCGGAGGGACUAGACUGGCUGUUUUGCACCCAGAAUUUGGCAUCCAGCAUUGGCCCCCCGCCUGCCAGGUCCACUGGGAAACCAAAACCAGCAUCUCCCUCACCUUGGAAGAAGGGUCUGAGGGGAUAAGCCCCAAUCCCAACACCACCUUCUGCUGCAAAUUUGUUUCCUUUCCUGAAGGCUCCCAGGAGGCCUGUGGGAACCUCUUCCUCAGCACAGACCAAGGGCUCCCUGCCCCUACUCCAUCCCCCAUACUGCGGGCUGACCUGGCUGGGAUCUUGGGGGUCUCAGGGGUCCUCAUCUUUGGCUGUGUCUACCUUCUCUACCUGCUGCAUCGGCAGAGGCACUGGUCUGUCAUGAAGCUUCAGCCACCCUUCACCAGCCCCCAGACACAGACGCGAGCAAGGCAGGUGGCCAGCCAAGCCUCCCUGGCCUCUCUCCACAUCCCGUACACUACUGUCAACACCAACCGUUACCGCCUCGCCACUCUAGACACGGUUCUUCAGCCCCGGCCACUGUCCCCAUGGGCAGUAUUCCCCACCCACACGGCGUGCCAACCUCGGCCUCCUGCCCCAUGGGUGCCCCUGCCAGCCUCUGCACGCAGCAGUUUCAUCUCCAUUGAGAAUGGACUUUAUGCUCAGGCGGGAGAGCGGCCUCUCCCAGUUGGCCCCAAACUUGUCCAUUUCCCUGACCCUGUGGGGCACAGAGCCAUGGAGGAGCACUUAGGAGUUCGAUGAGAGGGACCCCAAGUCCGCUUGGGCUCCCUCUCUUCUCAGGCCUUCUGGGAUCCCCUUCUGUUGUGCACCUGUGUCCUGGGUGCCCAUCAUCUUUGCACAUCUUAUCUUAUUCUCCGGCCUGCAUAAGUGUCUCUAACAUAAAGCUGGUCAAGGCCCACUCGCCACGGAUGUGGUCAGCACGUGUGCACGUGUGGGUACGUGUGGGCACACAUGUAUCUAUGCGAGGUGACAAAAUUCCAUCCCAGGUUGUUUCCUGUUUUCAAGUCCCCAGCCGUCACAGGUGAUGUUGAUAACUAAGUAAAAAAAAAAAGUGGUUUCUGA